UUUUAUUAUUGUUAUCAUUUAAAGAACAAAUUGCAAUUUUCUAAAAGUAUGCAUUAUUGGUAACUAUUUAUUCAAGAAUGAAUACGUCUGAUAAUCAGAACAUAAGUGACUUUUCUGUUCUUGAGGACUCUGUUGACAGUGAUCCAACCACAAAUCUAAUCGAGGACGAUAUUCAGUGUGGGCUUAUAUUUUUCAGUGAGGCAACAAGAGUUCUGAAGUUUUGUUGCACUUAUUGUGAAAAAGUUAGCGAAAAUAUAAAUUACUUUUGUCAGCAUUUAAGUGAACAUAUAAACGAUGAUGAAAAAGAAAUCUUGCCCCAAGAAUUCAAUGCUGGCAUUAUGCCUGAAGAUUCUAUGGAUGACGACGCAUCAGCAACACGCGAGGCGGUAGUUUAUGGAGCUGGAUCAAAUCAAUCUCUGCUACCAUGCGACUUAGCUGGUUUUGAUGAAUCGAAAAUGGUUGUGGAGGAAUUGGAUGAAGCGGAGGAAAUAGCUGCAGAAGUGGAAGCUGAAAUGCGUCAAGAAUUAGAAGGCGUCCAAAUGUAUGCAAAUGAUGAAAAUAGUUGCCCAGAAGACUUCUUUGGUUACGUACGAACGAAUGAAAAUCAUUUGAAAACGGAAAAUCAGAAAGAGGAACAGAAGUCCUCCAAUGACUUUAGAAAAACUUCAAAAGGACACGAUAAAAUAAUGCAAUUUAAAAAUUCCAAAAAGAAAAAACGAGUAACUACAGUAAAGGUGAUUGCUUUGAAAAAUAGAGUAGCAGAGCUUUAUGAACGUAUUAAGCUUGAAGAAGAGCGCCGGUCUCGAAUUAAUACUACAAAUUCUGAAUCUUGCGAUGUACCUAUGGAUGAGGAAAAAAAUGUUGUCGAAGAAAAUGAAACGACCGUUGAAGAAAGUACAGAACCGGUCCGCCAUAUAAUUGGCGAAACGGUUAUUACUCUGCUCCCACAAACUGAAUCGAAAGUUGAACUAUCCACAUUCAGCGGUAAUGUAGUGCCAAUGAUAAAUAACAUAAACAGACAAGACAGCACCGAUGAUAAGACAACUUGUCCUGCUUGUGGAAGGAAAUUCAGAAGUGCCUUUAGCCUUACAAUUCAUAAGCGGACACAUUAUCUGGAAUCUGACAGCAAUGUAAAAUUGGCUCACAAAUGCUCCGACUGCGAUCAGUUGUUUAAUAAAAUUCCGGAUUUAAAAGAUCAUAUUCAACAAGUUCAUUAUCCUGAUGGAUUUAUAUGCAAAAUAUGCAAUAAAAAACUUACAAGUCUCACCCUUUUGGAGACCCACAUGAGAAAAGUGCAUCUUUCGAGACCAUUUAAUUGUGAAAUUUGUCGAAAGAACUUCGACACCCGCGAUCGGUUUGAGGAGCAUGUUAAAGCGCAUGUAUCCGGUCAACCAUAUCGAUGCCACAUAUGUGGCCGAAAAUACAGUACAGAAUGCAUACUUAAGCAGCAUCUACGUAGACACAAAGAGCAAAUUCCUCAAUGUUGCGUGGUAUGCGGAAAGAUGACAUUGCGUAUAACACAGCAUAUGAAAAUUCAUGCGCCGAGACCGAAAAGGAUACUAAGUUGCAAAGCAUGUGGUAAAGUUUUCAAUUUCAGUUCAGGUUUGAGUCACCAUUACAAAGUAAUGCAUAAACUACAGAAAUCUCCUACGAAACUGAAGCAAGAAAAUGAAGCUCAAAUACCAACUGAUCAAGAGGAGAUCAAAACAGCAUUAGUGGAAUUGAAAGAAGAGGCAGAAAUAACAGAAAACUCUGAAGAAAUCAUACAAAAAGAGGAAGAGGCAAAACGAGUUAUCGUCGAACUUAUACAAAAUGCGACGUAUACUUCAUUUUUUCCGGAAAAUUUUAAUAGUUCGAUGGAUUCUGGGCCACCAAUUGCACGUGAAGAAACGAUUUCGGCUGUAAAUAGCAUUGUAAAUGAAGAAAACUCAUGAAAGAAGUAAUGUUUACAAAUUAAUUUGUAGAAAUAUUUUGUAUGUGUUGGUAGAAUAAUGAUUAUAAAAAAAAAACUUAAAUAAAUAUCAAAUAUAAAUAAAA